AUGCAUAUGUUUAUUUCUAUCACAGUCCCAGCUGGGCCCAGGCCUUCUGGUCGAGGUAAGUCAAUGCCUUAAUAGCCCAUUUUGGAGUUCUCUAUGACCGCUGAAUUAAAGAAAUGAAGACGCAUUUUUUACAGCCUUAGCCUCAAUCUGAAAAAAUAUAUUCACAAAUUCCAAUGAGAAAAUGACCUGUUUAUUACUCUGUCUAUUGUGUAUAUUCAAAUUUCAAACACUUACUUGCCAGAAUUUCUGAAUAUUUUACUUUACGUCGAGGUUAACCCUGUAUGAAUGUGUCAUUAAUAUUUGUAUUCAGCGGUGAUUUUUAAUUCGAAACUGGACUAUUUCAAAGUUCUAUUUCUUGUGUUCUCUUUCAUUUACUGAUACUUUUAUGGAACUCGUGCUCUCAUUUAAAUUCCAUAUACGUCUUGACUUCACUUUUCUAUUUUUUUUUAUUCAGUUUGUCGUCGACGACUAGACCUGGCUUUCUUGAUUGAUGGAUCUGGGAGUAUCGAAACCUCUGGUCGCGGUAACUUCCGACGAUGUAUUGAAUUUGUCAAGACCGUAGUGUCGUCAUUCAGUAUUUCCCCCAGCCGUACCCGUGUGGGGGUAGCUUUGUUUUCUUCCCGUGCUUGGCUGAUACUGAACUUCUAUCGUAGCACGAGCAAGGCAAAAGUGUUGUACACCAUAAGCAGAAUCAGAUACCCUCAUGGAGGAACCAGGAUUGGAAAGGCUUUGUACUUUGUCCUGAAUCGAUUGUUUAGACGAAGCAGAAGAGCGCUUAAGGUAAAACUUUAUAAAGGAAUGAGGCUUCAUAAUUUUCUUCCCAAUAAAAUGUUUUACGUUAUUUCAUUACUCGUGCAAAGGAAUCAAAUUUUUUUAUGUUACCAGUGCAUUUAAACCAUUACUUACCGUCCAUUUUCUCUAAUCUCCUACGCACUGUAUCUGAAUUUCGUUUCCUCUGCAGGCUCUUGUCGUUCUGACGGAUGGCAUCUCACAAGACUCAGUUCGAAGACCCGCACUUGCUCUACGGAGCAGGGGUGUAUGGGUGUUCGCUUUAGGAAUCGGCAGACGGUACCGAAGAAGACAACUUCAACAAAUAGCUACAAACAGGCGAUUAGUGUUCACCGGCAACUUUAGACGGCUGAUUCAGGUGGCUCGACGAAUCGCAAGAAGAUUGUGCCGAAGUAAGAUCCAAAUUUAGUAUCUUUGUUAUAGAUGUGAAAUACUCGCCUUAACUCUAGGAUUUCUGGCCCGUCAAGCAACCACUAUGGUAGCUUCAACGUUUUUGUUGUACUUAGCCCACGCCUCUUACCUAGGAUAGCUUUAUUUAUUUAAGUCCUUGACUUACUUGUUGUUAAUUGCCAUCCAAACUGCUUGCAUCUGAUCAAUAAUAAACCUGUUUGUGCCAGGUCGCCCACUUCGUCCCAGGCCUUCCCUUCCAGGACCCAUCAUAAGGCCAAGUGGCCCCGGUAAGUCAUUCGAAUUUUGUAUUUCUUGCAUCCAAUUCGUUUCUCAGCCAAUCACAAACNGUGCCAGGUCGCCCACUUCGUCCCAGGCCUUCCCUUCCAGGACCCAUCAUAAGGCCAAGUGGCCCCGGUAAGUCAUUCGAAUUUUGUAUUUCUUGCAUCCAAUUCGUUUCUCAGCCAAUCACAAACAACCAGAUGCCUAAAACAAAAAUUUCCUUUUAAGUUUUCCCGACGAAAGUGUGAAAAGUUUGUCAAAAGACCUGUACUUCGCAUUUACAAGGGAAAUCCGGAAAUCUGGUCGGAAAUCAAAUGGUUCGCGCCAUUCCCUUCGGGGAGCUUCAGAGAACAUGGGUUGUGAUUUGAGGGGAUGCAAUUUUUCUACUCUUUUUAGUCUGUUUAGCUGAUUUGGAUAUACAUUAUCGGUAACGGGUCGUUCUACCACCACGUCAAAUUUCAUAGUUUUAUGUUUAUGCACAAGAUUUCCAGUCGUUUGGUUUGUGUCAAUGGUAAGCACCACAGGUGAAAAAAGAAACUGAGGAAAACCCUGUAGGUAGCAUUAGUAAAAAGACGUCGUAUUAAAAACAACGCCCAACGAUGUGAACUGGGCAAACCCCGCCACUCGGUGCCCACUUAAGUUAGUUUCACAGCAAGGUCGGCAAGUGAGGACCUGAGAGUGAGUUAAACGUUAGUAACAUGAAUACUAUAAACAAUCAGGCAAUCAAAGAGUGGCAAUAAAUGACUGUCGUGCUCAUUAUAUAGCUCAGAACUGCGAACCUUCACACGAAAGCUAAGCAUUAUUAGGAUUUUUUAAUAAAUCUAGACCCUUUUAAUUUUCAGUGUGUCGCAGACGUCUUGAUUUGGCUUUCUUAAUAGACGGAUCUGGAAGUAUCGAGGUGUACGGUCGAGGAAACUUCCGUCGAUGUCUCAAUUUUGUCAAACGAGUAGUGGCGUCUUUCCACAUCUCCCCGAGACACACCCGAGUUGGCGUUGUUUUGUUCGCUUCCCGUGCAUGGCUAGUGUUCAAUUUCAGACGCUUUAGAAACAAACAUGGCGUUUUAUACGCUAUAAGUCGCAUCAGGUACCCGAGAGGAGGUACAAGAAUUGGACGCGCGCUGACAUUUGCCAGAUAUCGGUUGUUUAAAAGAAGGAACAAUAGGCGGAAGGUAAGUGUUGAAUGUAAAGUCCUUCAUUCAGAGCCAUUCCCCAGUUGAGUCGGAUCCAGUAAUGUCCAUCCCGUGGAAAGUGUUGACGGUCGGACAUUUUUUGGAAUUGCUGAUUUAUGACACUUUACAGUUGAGUAUGAUGAAAGUUUUAGAAACCAAACGUAAAUUUAAGCCUUCUUCGAAACCUUAGAUUCUAAAUGUCUUAGAAUCGUGCCCUCAAGUCUUCGAAAAAGAAUGCUUUUAACCAGACUCCCCUGUUAAGAAGCUAUCAAGAAUCCAAACACAUUUUCCAAGCCGGUGUAAGGUUGGGGUUAGGUUGUGCCUUGUCGCCUGAAACAAUUCUGUGUUUGGAAACCUGAUGAAACACUCCUUCUUGUGUUUAAGGUAGCAUUAAGAUUCCGAAUUCCAGGAAGAAAAACAAGUUUUGUUUGUUGGAUAGCUCUAAUAUCCAUUUUAACGGACACACCAAAGACAAAUUGCUCAUGGCUUGUAACAAUAAAAUAUGCGAUUGACGAAACAAUUGUCUCUUCCUUGGUGUUAAUAUAUAUGGUCUACGAUUUCCACUCCAGGUUCUGAUCAUCAUGACUGAUGGCAUUUCACAAGACAGGGUUGUAAGACCGUCACGUGACCUCCGAAACACGGGCGUGCGUAUUUUAGCGCUUGGAAUCGGCAAAAAAUUCAGACGGGUUCAGCUUAUUCAAAUGGCAGCGAGUCGACGAUAUGUGUUCAACGCUGAUUUCAGAAGCCUGAACCGAGUGGUGAGGUCCAUCAAACGAACAGCAUGUGGAGGUAAUUAGAAUGUGUUAUGGCGCCAUAAACCAGUGGUUUGUUCAAUCUAACUAGUGAGCACUCUUUUUAUAAGAACCUUUUUGCAAGAACGUUCAGCAUUAAAUUUGCCAAAAUAUUAAGAACAUGCUAACAACAUACCCGAGACUCAGAGAAGAACAAUUUAUUUUUCACUGCUUUUAAAUCGUACUUUCCUAAAUCCAGAAAAUCUGUUUUACAUAAUGUUCUACAUGGAAUCAGAGUGCAAGUAAAAUUUUGUUUUUUCAACACAUUCCUAUUGUGUAUGGUCAAUGAUACAUUUACAUUGUACUUGUACAAUUCAUUAAUGUGAAAACUAUAAUCAUUGUCUUGCCUAUAUGUACCUUAAAGUUAUCAGAUUUCCGUUAGGGACAUAUUUAGGCUGAAGCUGCCCAGAAAAUGAGAACGGUCCAGGCUCAACUCAAAAAAUGAACGUUCUUAUAAAAAAGAUGUGGUACAAGUGUAAUGUACAAGUGUAGCUGUAGUUUUCAAAGUCUGAAGUAACUUAAUAGUCACUUGCCUUGGUUCGAGAUUCCUUCGGGAUUGAAAUAUGAUAUAUGCUUUCAUGAAACUAUGAACGUGUGUUGCAGAAGCUACGCGAGAUUCAGAUAUGUGAAAAAAACAAUUUGAAACCCGAUUGAGUUUCAAGUUAAAAGGGCAACUUACGUAAAGGUUUCACCUUGCCUAAGAUGCACACUCUCAUGCUUGGAAUAGCUUUAAAUUAAUCUUGUGUCUGUGUUGUAGCCAAAGGACUGGGGCGAGCUAGAGGAAGAGGCCGACGAGGACGUCGUAUACGAUGGAGACGAUUCGGACGUAAAUUGGGACGUGGCAGACGAAUUCGUCGAAUAAUGAUGAGGCGACGUGGACGACGAAUUCGUCGCAUACGUCGGCGUCGCAGGCGAAAAAUGAUGCGUGGACGACGAAUACAUCGCAUAAGGAUGAGACGACGUGGACGACGAAUUCGAGGUGUACGUCGGCGUCGCAAGCGAAAAAUAAUGCGUGGACGACGAAUACAUCGCAUAAGGAUGA